AUGUAAUCAUUAUCCGAUAUAGAUAUUUCUCCUCUAAAUUCAGAUAGAAGAUAUAUCCGAAAAACAGUAACAGUAAUUCCUACUUAUGUAGAUACUAAUGCAGUAGUGAAUCCAAAAUCAAGAAAAGGAUGGAGAGAAAGUACAAACUAAUUAUAAGAUUUAUUUACUGCCAAAGAUGAAGAAAUAGAAUAUUGGAAAAAAUAAUGUGAAUAAUAAGUUUAUACGGUUACUGAAUAAUUAUAAAUUGUUAAUGAUAAUGUUAUUUAAUAUAAAGAUGAAAUUGAAUAAUAUAAAUUAGAUAAUCUUCAAAAAAAUGAAAUGUUUAGAUGAAGCGAAAAAUACUAUAGAUUGUAAGAAUUAAGAAAUCGAGGAACUAAAAAAAUGGUUUUUUAUUUUUCAAUAUUUUUUUUUAUAUUUUUGUGUAAAAAGUAUUGAUGAAAGUAAUUAGAAGAUUAAUUAAUUAAAAGAAUAAAAUAAUUAAAUUAAUAGCGAAUAAAAUAAAAUUUAAAGUAUAUUAUAAAAUUAAAUUUAAGAAAAUGAAAGCAAUAUUGUAGAGCUAGAAUUAAAAUUAUAAGAUAUUAUUGCUGAAAAUGAUAAAAAUAUUGAAGUAAUUUCAAUUAAAGAUAAAGUUCUUCA